UGGCAAACAAACAUAAAUGCCAUGCAUGUGAUGAACAAACAAGCCUUCUUAAAAACAAAUUUCACGUUUGUCAUUUAAAAAAAUUCUGCUUUAAUAAAAUCUUAUUUUAUCAAAAAACUAAAUAAAAAAAAAUGAAAAAAAAAGCUGAAACGGUUAAUUAUAAAGCCUCCAAUGACAACGUUGAAAUAGAACAACAAAAUGUUGAAGAAGUUUUUGAUGACCGGUGCUGUGCACAGCUUAAACGUUUUCCUGGACACACAUGGGCAAUUUUGAUGACAGAGUUAUGUGAAAGAUCUUCCUAUUAUGGAGUUAAAACAUUCUUAGUUUUGUACCUGGUUUCAUAUUUAAAGAUGGAGAAGAGUACUGGGAAAGCAGUAUAUCAUGCUUUUAGCAUGUUAAGUUUUUUUACUGGAGUAAUUGGUGCAAUGGUUGCAGACAGUUUCACUGGAAAAUUUAAGUUAAUAUUCUGGACCUUAAUUGUUUAUUCGAUAGCAGAGGUUACUAUAACGCUUACAUCGUUACCUUUCAUUGGUCAAAAGAGUUCAAUUGGUCCUUUAGUUGGUUUAUUUGUUAUGGCAGCUGCUACUGGAAAUAUUAAGCCAUGUGUUGCAGCUUUUGGUGGGGAGCAAAUUAAUCAGAAAGAUACGUCCUUACUAUCAAAGUUUUUUGCUUUAUUCUACAUGUCGGUAAAUGUUGGAGCAUUGAUCUCUACUUUAUUUAUUCCAAUAUUAAGAACAACAAUCAAGUGUUUUGGUGACGACUGUUAUCCCGCAAUAUUUGGUAUAAAUACAGGCUUAAUUUUGAUUGCUACAUUCUCUUUUAUGAUUGGAUCAAGAUUUUACAAUAAGGUGCAACCAGAAGGAAACAUGAUUACAACAGUUGCAAAAAUAGUUUGGUGUGCAUUGACAUCAAAGAAAUCACCUGAUGCACCAAGAAAACAACAUUGGUUGUUCAGAGCUGACCAUAAAUAUAGUGUAACUGAAAUAGAAGAUGUCAAAGCCUUACUUAAAGUAUUGGUCAUGUACAUUCCUCUGCCAGUAUUCUGGGCCUUAUUUCUUCAGACGGGUUCCAGUUGGACAUUGCAGGCUGAACAAAUGGAUGGAGAAAUGUUUGAUGGAGGUUUUCAUUUAAGAUCAGAUCAAAUACAAUUUUUCAAUCCAUUAUUGGUGCUUAUAAUGAUACCUUUAUUUGAUAUAAUAAUUUAUCCCAUGCUUGAACGAUGCAGAAUACCAUUAAGUCCGUUAAAGAAAAUGACCAUUGGCAUGUUUUUAGCUGCUGUUGCAUUUGUUGUUUGUGGGUUUAUGCAAAUAAAGAUUCAGUCUGUUGAAGAAAUAGCGAAGCCUAAUCCAGGAAAAGCUAAUGUUGAUUUUAUAAAUGCUUCCCCUUGUGAGACUUUGUUUAUCAAUAAAGAAUCAUUUUUUAGCAUUGAAUUGCCUUACGGAAAAAAAAGUGGUUAUUUGCCUGGUCAAUCUGGAUUGCAAACGUUAAAUAUUUUAGGGCAAAAAUGCUUUAAUAAUGAAAACUAUAAACAUGAUGUUUCUGUUACUUUUUCUCGGGGAGUAUAUCAAACUGCUGUCAUAAACAUAAACAAUGAGGGCACUUUCAAUAUCACUGUUUUAAAUCAGUAUUUUCCAGAAGUUAAUGUUGAAACAGCAGACUCUAAUGUUAGGGUGAUUAUGGUGCCUGACAGUAACACAACUGGAAUCGGAAAUUUAACAUUUCAACACUACUUAGACAGUGAAAAAAAUGUUUUGUUGAGAAAUUUUUCAUCUUACAAUACUUCAUACACUUCUCUACUAGCAGAUGAAUAUUAUAUCGAGUUCAUUGAAAAUAGUGGGACUAAACUUGAAAUUAAACUUCCAAGCAUAGGAAAGUUUGGUACUUUUGGUGCAUACACAGUUUUGCUUAAAAGACCAAAAUAUCAAAUGUAUUCAAAGACUUUAGUUGCUGAAAUCUACCAAGAUAGAGCACCUACCACUGUACAUAGGAUAAUGCAAUUACCACAAUAUGUUAUUUUGACUGCUGCUGAAAUAAUGUUUAGUGUCACGGGUUUAGAAUUUGCAUACUCACAGUCACCUGCUAGUAUGAAGUCUGUUAUUCAGGCAUUUUGGAUCGUUACAUCAGCAUUCGGAGAUUUGAUUGUUGUCAUACUAUCAGUUGCAAAGCCUGUAAAUGGAGUGGAUAAAGAAAUGUUUCUAUACGCUGGUGUAAUGGUUGUUGUCGCCUUUAUUUUUGCUCUCAUGUCAUGCUUUUAUUAUACGUAUUCAGAUUUCAGUGGAAAUAAAACAGAAGUCAAUCCAUUAGAUGCACUUGAAGAAGAUGAACUUGAAUUAAAAAAAUCUGUCUCAUCGACCCAUUUAUGAAAUAAAUGAGUGAUAAUAUAUAUUAAUUGUAGUAUAUAUCAAUUGAUGAUCCGGUGCGGUGAGAGAGAGAGAAAGAAAGAAGACUUGUCAAUUUUUUAAAUAUCUUUUUUUUUAAAUUGUAAACAAAAUAGCUUUAGAAAUAAUUUUGGAAAUGAAAUAAUUUUUUUUCAAAGAUUUUUUAUUAAAAAUUUAUUAUAGAAAUCUUUAUAUGCUUACAAUUAUUUCAACAUUAAAUUCUUACUGUUCUUAUAGUUAUUUCAACAUUAAAUUCUUACUGUUCUUAUAGUUAUUGGUCCAACUAAUAUCAAAAUAGAGAUUUAAUGGGAAUAAAAUGUUGAAUCCAUUGACUUGAAUGUAAUUGGGAAAGAUAUUUGGAAAUUAUAAGGAA